AUGAACGUCAGGGCAAACUGCAUACCUACUAGAUCGUUCCCGAAGCGCCAACGAGACCCGAACUGCCGCGUCUGUGGAAGGACUGAUGAGUCCAUAACCCAUCUCCUGACAUCUUGUGUAGCCCUUCAACAUGCUGAGUACCUGCACCGACAUAAUGCUGUGGCCAAGGUCAUCUACAGCAAUGCCUUAGAGCUCCUCGGAUUCAAGAUGCAGGAGGAGUACUGGACGUGGACGAGGCCGCCAUCGAUGACGCAUGGGGAGAAGAGAGUGUUAUGGGACCAGAACAUCCCCACGCCGAGGAGAGUUGAGCAUUCAAGGCCUGACCUGCUAAUCCGCAACGGCAAACGGAUAGUCGUCUGCGAGAUAGGCGUAACGUCUGACAGCAACGUCGUCCAGAAGGAGCGAGAGAAGAAACUCCGCUACCAACCAUUGCUUCGGGAACUGCAGCAACUCCAUCCCGACUGCACCAUACAGCUCUUGGUAGUGGUCAUUGGGGUAACCGGAGCCAUCACGAAGCAGUUAGUAAGAGGAGUGAGAGAAGCUGGUCUCGACUGUAGUAUUGUAUCUAAGAUGCAGAGGGCUGCUGCCACGCAUUCGGCCCAUCUGCUACUUCGCAUCUUGUACUCUCGCAAACUGUUGGCUGUGGAGUAA